AUGGGCGUCGGUGCAUCACUCCUCAAGCAUUCUGUGGUCGGUGUCGCCUUGUCCGGCAUCGUUUGGUGGGCCGGGUUCGGUUUGCGCCGCAGCUUCCUGCCGGCCCUUCAAGAACAGGCACCACUGAUUCGCCGUGAAUCUUCCGUUGAGUCGGACUCACGGAAGUCGCAUCGAAGGAAAAAGAAAGAAUGCAAGAAGAGCGAGUGUGUGACCGCUGAGGAGUUGAUGAGGAUGGGAAUUUGCUAUGGCGAGCAAGGGCGACUGGGGAAAGCCAUGGGCAAGUUCCUUGAAGCCAAGGGUGCCUUCGAAGAUGAGCGGGCCAUGGAAUGUGCAGGAUACGCGAAUCUUCUAGCUCAGAUUGGCAUUUGGUAUGGAAUGCAAAAUCAGAAAAAAGAGGAGAUGGACAAGUACUUGGAGGCUCAAAGAGUGUACAGGAAGAUUGGAACCAGCUCAUCGAGGGAGUAUGCUGGUCUCCUCAAGAACAUGGGAAUCUGGUUCAUGGAGCAAGGUCUCCUCCCAGAAGCCAUGGAGAAAUUCAAGGAAGCAGAGGCGCAGUAUGUCUCGGCCGGCGCUACACGCACAACCAACUAUGCAGGCCUGCUCACCAGCAUGGGCAAGUGGCUCCUGCAUCACGGCUCGGAAGAUGACGCUAUGGCCAAGUUCGUGGUCGCCAGGCAGACCUAUGAAGCGACGGAGGACACCAGAGCUUCACCAGGAUAUGCCGGCCUGCUGAUGAGCAUGGGCA